UUAUGUGCUUCGUGAUUAAAAGAUGAAUGGAGAUAGAUGUUGAAGUGUUACCAAAUAUUAGCAUAAAAGGAAUCGAUCAUCUCAUUCAUUCGAAACACCAUAAACAACAAUGGAGUUGGCUGUCGCUUCUUUGAGCCCAAUAUCGAUCGCAACACUCUUCAUUUUUCUCUUCAUUUCCCAUUACUUUUUUCAAAAAUGGCGGCACCACCAGAAAGUUGGCAACCAGCAGAAACAAGCCAUUUCACCGCCAGGUGCAUGGCCCAUAAUUGGGCACCUCCAUUUGCUCCGCAAAGCAAAGCUUCCCCACCAUGCCCUCGCCACCAUGGCCGAUGACUACGGCCCAAUCUUCCGCCUACAGCUCGGCACCCGGUCGGCCCUAGUAAUUAGCAAUCGGGAGAUGGCCAAAGAAGCAUUAUAUCACAACGACGCCGCCGCCGCAUCCCGCCCCUCCUUUUAUGGCAUGAAAAAAUUCUCAUACGAUUACGCACUCUUUGGGUUGGCCCCUACCAGCCACUACUGGCGCGAGAUGCGUAAAAUCAUCAUCUCCCACCUUCUCUCAAACCAACGUGUAGACAUGCUUAAGACCGUCAUGUUUUCCCAAAUCGAAAUGUCGUUGAAUGAGCUGUACGACGCUGCCCGACGGAGCAAUGAGUCGGGCGGGGUUUCUGUGGAGAUGAGGAGGUGGUUUAGAGAUGUGGCUUUGAACACGGUUCUGAAGAUCAUAAUGGGAAAACGAUGUGUCGGUCCAAAUGGUUGUGAUGAGGAUGCGGCGAAAGAGCUUCAGAAGACGAUUACGGAGUCGUUUCGCAUUAUGGAUGGAGGGUUGUUGAGUGAUUUUUUCCCUUUAUUUGGAUGGUUGGGAUUAGAUAGGGAUGUUAAGAAAAUUGAGAAAAUAGCGAAACGAUCUGAUCGGGUUCUUCAACGUUGGCUGGAAGAGCACAGGCGAAAGAGAUCCGGUUGUGGGAGUUUGAGUUUGGAUACAAAAGAAAAUGGAGAUUUUAUGGAUUCUCUUAUUACAUUACAUGAUCGUAACAAGCUUCCUACUUGCUUCGAUGGUGAUACCAUUAUCAAAGCCACAAUUCUGAGUAUGAUUUCAGGGGGAACUGAAAGCACGAUGGUGACACUAACAUGGGCAAUAUCACUAAUGCUAAACAACCCACAUACCAUAGAAAAGGCACAACAAGAGCUGGAUGAAAUAGUUGGGAGAGAAAGACGAGUGAAUGAGUCAGACAUAAACAAGCUUGUUUACAUCCAAGCCAUAAUCAAGGAGACGAUGCGAUUGUACCCAACAGCCCCAUUGAUAGGACCACGUGAGUUCCUUCAAGAUUGCAUGGUCGGAGAUUACUUCGUCUCGAAAGGAACACAAUUGAUUCCAAAUGUUUGGAAGAUCCAAACUGACCCUAAGAUUUGGCCUGACCCAUUCGAGUUCAAGCCGGAGCGGUUUUUGACGACCCAUAAGGAUGUGGAACUCAAAGGGAAGAACUUUGAGUUACUUCCUUUUGGGACUGGACGAAGAGGUUGUCCUGGAGUUGCGUUUGCACUUCAAAUGGAACAAUUCAUUCUGGCUGGGUUUCUACACUUGUUUGAUGUCAAAAACAUGACGUCUGAAUUGAUUGAUAUGUCGGAAAGGUAUGGAUUGGCGAAUGAGAAAGUGACACCUCUCUAUGUUUUGGUGUCUCCUAGGUUGCCUUCUCAUAUUUAUGCCUAAAAUACAUGAAUAGUAUUGAGAUGCAUUAGAAAAGAGAAGUAAUAAGAAUUUGCUAUAUGAUAAAUUAUGGUUAUGUAAUUAGUAUGGAUGCACAAAGGUAGAUAUGUAGUCUAAGUUCCAUCAUAUAUUUUUAUUUCAAGUUUAGUUUGUUUGCUCAA